CAUUUAAAAUUUUAUUUUAGACCUUACUGUAAAAAUGAAACCUGAUGAAACUCCUAUGUUUGACCCAAGUCUCCUCAAAGAAGUGGACUGGAGCCAGAAUACAGCUACAUUUUCUCCAGCCAUUUCCCCAACUCAUCCUGGAGAAGGUUUGGUUUUGAGGCCUCUUUGUACUGCUGAUUUAAAUAGAGGUUUUUUUAAGGUACUAGGUCAACUGACAGAAACUGGAGUUGUCAGCCCUGAACAAUUUAUGAAAUCUUUUGAGCACAUGAAGAAAUCUGGGGAUUAUUAUGUUACAGUUGUGGAAGAUGUGACUUUAGGACAGAUUGUUGCUACAGCAACUCUGAUAAUAGAACAUAAAUUCAUCCAUUCCUGUGCUAAGAGAGGAAGAGUAGAAGAUGUUGUUGUUAGUGAUGAAUGCAGAGGAAAGCAGCUUGGCAAACUGUUAUUAUCAACCCUUACUUUGCUAAGCAAAAAACUGAACUGUUAUAAGAUUACCCUUGAAUGUCUACCACAAAAUGUUGGUUUCUAUAAAAAGUUUGGAUAUACAGUAUCUGAAGAAAACUACAUGUGUCGGAGGUUUCUAAAGUAAAAAUCUUUUAAGAAAGACAUUUGUCAGAGGAGCUAAUGUACCAAGACUGUAUAUCCUUUUUACAGUUAAAAUAUUUUGCUGUAAUCCAGUGACCUCUAUAAUGGAUUGAAAAAACAUUGUAAUACAACAGAUAUGACAUUUAGAAGAUUACUUUGGGCUGGUGGGACAUGCUGUGAGUUUAGAUAACAAAUAUUAUGAAGAGGAUGAUUUUUAACCAAAGGAAUAUAUUUUUAACUUGAAUCUUUUCUUGCAUUGUAUUUUUCUAAAGUUUGGCUUCAUUCCUUGGCAGUCAGAGCAUAGGUAGUAAGGAGUUAUGUAUUUGCUAUCUGUACUGCUCAUUUUUAAAAAUCAUACAAUAAACAAGGCUGUUUCUUACCACAUUCAUAAAAUUAUUUGUUUCAGAGAAACAUAUCUAAAUACCAGUUAGAGGUGUCAUUUCCCAUAUAUUACUUGAAAUUCGAUGUUAGAUAUAUCAUAACUAAAUGUACAGCCCAACAUUGUUGUUCCUAAUACCGUACUGGCAAAUAACCUGGUCAGCCUUUUAAAGUAGAAAUAAAAAUUAACAUAAAAUGUGAUAAGAUUCAAAGUAAAUUUAAAUAUACAAGUUCAUAUAAUUCUAAUGUAGUGAAGUACCACCCAUCUUAUAUGUGAUAUAUAAAUUCAUUUAAAAUACCUAAGAGCAAAUACAAGGUACUUUUAACAGUGAAUUAGCAAAUCCUGGCAUAUUAUGUAUUUGUAACCUGAUUUCUCAUCUUUUCAUGGGCAUCUGAAGCCUCUCUUCUGAGAAACAUUUUUAUGAAAAAUAGAUUACAAAAUUGAGUAGAAUACUUAAAAAUGUAUCAUACUGAAUUUGUUAUAUUCUUAAAAAUGUUGAUGGAAGCUUUUCUAUUUAAUGUGAUUAUAAUGGCAUUCUGGUCACUAUCCCGUUUUGAUUUUAUUUAUUUCUUUUUAAGUUGAAGUAGAAAUUACUUUAUUAAUGGUUCUAAUCUUUUGCAUUCCGUAUUACAUUAAAACUAUUCAUAUGAUAGUCCUUUGUUAGAA